AUGCCAGGAGUCCUUGCUAAGCCAUUAUGUAAUACAUUUACUAACUUGUGCUUUUCUCCCCCUUUAGUAUCUUUUUAUGGUGAAAGCUAUGUGGAGCUCAACAACAUAGAAGUUUCCUCUGAGCUAUCUCUUCAAUUAAAAUUUCAAACCAGCAAGCCGCAGGGGUUACUUUUUCUUGCAGCUGGGAAAAAUGACUAUUGCAUAAUAGAACUUCUAUCAGGAAACUUAUGGGUGAGAGUGAAUUUGGGCACAGGUGAGCAAGUGCUCUUCCCUGAGCAAAGACUUCGUGUGGAUGACUUGGUUUGGCAUUUGGUGGACCUACAUUAUAUUAAAGAUAAUGUUUUCUUGGUUAUUGACAAAUAUUAUGAGACAGCUGGCCAAACGGCUGGUGGGAUGCACAAUUUUAACUUUCAGCAUGGAAUCUACAUAGGAGGCCAUGGGGGACUCAAUGUCCCUUACCUAGAUGGAAAGGUCCCCAACUUCCGAGGAUGUAUGGAGGAUGUGGUAUUUAAUGGUAGGGAGAUCCUUAUGUCCCUUAGAUCUUACCCUGGUUUUAAGAAAGUUUAUGAAGUAUCACUAGGAUGCAAUGAAGAGUUUUUUGCAGGGGAGGAUGAAGCCAUCAAUUUUUUUAGCUCCAGAUCCUAUGUCACCUUUCCAGAAUGGAAGGUGCAAGGGCGAGGAGUAUUGGAAUUUGCUUUGCAAACUGGAACUCAGCAAGCCUUGCUUUUACUUCAGCCAGGUAAGGGCGGAGAUUUUGUUGCCUUGGAAAUACAUGAAAGUCUGUUGAAGGCUCACAUAGGAAGGAAUAAAAGUAAAACUGAGCUUUCUUCUUCUAUGUUAAUUAGUGACACCAAAUGGCACACUAUUCAACUCCAGUUCAGGGGAGGGUAUCUGGACCUCGUGGUAGAUGAGCAAGGAGUAAGUACAUUGCUACCUUUGCAAAGUAAGCCGUUUGUAUCCGAAGGUCCCCUCUUUGUAGGAGGUCUUGACAACAAAAUGUGGGAAGAAGUGAAGCUGUUAGACCUUGCCUCUGUGCCUAGGAAAUCUGCUCGAGGAAUUUCUUUGAGAGGCUGCUUACGAGACUUGGAAGCAAACUCACAAAAGAGAGCAUUAAGGGAUGCCUUUGUUUCCAAAGAUAUUUCUGCUGGGUGCAAAACUAAGAGUAUUGAUAAUGCACAUCCUUCUGUUACAACAUUGUCAAAUCUGCCUCAGUCAGAGGCUUUCUAUUCCACCACAGGCCCUGGUGCUGUCAAGCCCUUUCUUCAAGAUCAAAGUAGUUCUCUUUUGGUUUUGAAUAGCUUGGAGGUUCAAGAAGGUGGAAGAGCCUUACUGGAACAAAGGCAUAUGAGGGUGAAUAUGGAAUUUAAGGAUUUGCUUUUCAGUUAUUCUCAAAUACUAUUUGAAAUAGAAGAAAUGCCUAUCCAUGGGUUCCUUCAAUUAGAUGUUUCAUCUGAGCAAGAAAUGGCGAAGGCUUUUACUAUGUUAGAUUUGUGGCAAGGAAAAGUGUGGUAUGUCCAUGAUGGUUCAGAAGAAACUAUGGAUUACUUCACAUUUUUCUUCUCUUCCAGUAGCAAGAAGGAAAUGCCAUUCUAUCUGCAGGACCACAAUCCGUAUGUGUUUAACAUCUAUGUCAUUCCAGUGAAUGACCCCCCAUACCUUAACCUCCUGGAAGGAAACAUGCAUCAUGUGUUCGAGAAUUCUAAGGAAAGACUGACUCCAAAUAUAAUACAGGUGUCAGAUCCUGACACAGAUUCUUUGAGUCUUAGUUUUUCAAUUCUUGGCAACUUCAGUUCAGAUGCUGGGUUUUUAGAAAAUGCCAAUGAACCUGGGAGAGCCAUUAAUGGCUUCACACACACAGAUUUAAGAGAUGGCAACAUUUUGUAUGUACACCAAAGGCUUCGAACAUCUUGAAUUGUCCUGAGAGCAAGUGAUGGCGAGCUGGUUAGCAAUACAGUGGUGUUACGGGUCAUGGCUGUUCCUUGGGACUUUGAAGUGGCCAGUAGAACUGGUGGCACUGUUCUGAUUACACGGAGUAACUUGUCAGUGGAGGUUAAUGGUAAGCAUCAUGAGAUGGAGGCUCGCUAUGAUACCACUCACCCACCUCAGUAUGGCCAGAUUCAGCGUUGGGGGUCAAGUGGGGAAUGGAAACAAGUGAGUAGCUUUUCUCAGCGAUCCAUCAAUAAGAGUCGAGUCCGAUACUACAGUACAUUCAAAGAACUUCAGCAGGAAAAUGUUAUGGAUCACUUUAAAUUUAGAGUUAACAUGGAAGGAAAACUUAGCAAAGAGCUCACAUUUCCUGUGAUUGUACAAUGGCUGAAAUUUACACUUGUGACAAAUGUUCCUCUAGAGAUCAGUACCAUAAACAAGGAGGUACUGAAUUCUGAUCAUUUACAGGCUGCAACAGAGGGUGUGGGAGUAGCAGAGGGGGAAAUACAUUUUAAAUUACUGACUCCACCUAAGAAAGGCAAGUUGCUACUGGACAAUAAAAUUCUAAAAACAAACUCAACCUUCAGCCAAAAAAAUAUUACAGACUCUCAGGUAAGUUACAAACCUCUGCAGAGGCCAAAGGAAGACUCACAGGAUACUUUUAAAUUUUUGAUUGUUGUAAAACACAUAGAAUCAAAAGAUUAUAUUUUCAGAGUACUCUUGAAAGCAGAUGAGAUGUGCAUUAUUUUAACAAACAGAGGAUUACUUGUAAAAGAAGGAGAAGGGAAAUUAAUUACAAAAUCAGAAUUAUUUGUUCAAACGUGGGACAAUCAGAUCUUCCAAUAUAGAGUCACGGAGAGUCCUCAGCAUGGAAGGCUGAAAUUGAUGAACUUUUCAGAUACCCUGAAAAGUAAUGACAGUAUCACUGCAUUCACUGAUCAGGACAUCAUGAGUGAGCAGCUAAUGUAUAUUCAUGAUGACUCUGAGACCCAGAGUGAUGAGUUCCUGGUUGUGGUAUCUCCAGGCCAAGAGGAAGUUGUCAAAGAUUUUGACUUGGAGCACUUAUCUACAGAGAUCAAAGUCAACAUUUCUGUUGAGUUAAAAAAUGAUGAACGGCCAGUGCGUGUGAUAGAUAAGGUAUUUCAUGUUGUACGAAAUGGCCAGCGCUUAUUGACCCUGGCAGAUCUCUGCUACCAUGACCCUGACUUAGAUUUUGAUGAUGGGCAGUUACUGUACACCCAGCGAGGCAUCCCAAAUGGGGAUUUGGUGCGAGCUAGCAACCCCUUUGAGCAACUCUACCAGUUCAGACAAGAAGACCUGCAACAAUGACAGGUACUCUUCCAACAUCGUGGUGCAGACUCUGCCUGCUUUGUGCUGUUUGUGACAGAUGGUAUUCAUUACACUUCAUCUCUUCUUGAGGUCAGUGCAUCAGGCCCCUAUGUCCAGAUAGCAAACAACAUGGGGCUUCUUGUGCAGAGAGAAAAAGACAGCUGCCUCACAACAGCUAACCUGAGUGUCACCACAAAUCAAGAUGUCAGAACAGACCUUGAGGUUGAAUUCCACAUUGUGUGGCCCCCAAAGCAUGGCAGAGUCCUGGUUAACAAUUCUGUGUUCUCAUCAUUUUCCCAACAUGACCUGAAACGAGGACAUGUGACUUAUAGGCACGAUGGCAGUGGCAACUUUGACGUAUUCAACUUGACAGUGAAAGUUAAAGAUACAUGCAUUGAAGUAGGGGUCUGUGUCCAAGUAGAGUUGAAAGAUCACCACCAUCACAGUCAAGUUUGGCACAGAAAGACCCUGAUAGUUGAAGAAGGAAAACCAGUAAAACUGAGCAGAAGAAGGCUCCAGGUGGAAAAUGAAUCGAUUUUCUAUGUUCAUGAUGGAAGUGAGACACUUCUUGACAAUUUUACCAUCUUUGCAAAUAACUCAGAGCUUGGAAAACAAAGUCUGCCCCAAACUCUUUUUGUGACUGUUGAAUCUAUCAAUGAUGAAGCUCUGGAAAUAACAGCCAAUAAAAUUGUCCAGGUAUGGGUGAAUUCUGUCACUGAGAUAACCAGAGGUGACCUGUGUGCAGAAGAUGGAGACUCCUCCCAGCAGGAUCUAGUCUACUGGAUCACUCCACCUAGCAAUGGGCAUCUAGCUCUGAAGUCCUCUCCUGGCAAAAGUAUCCAGAACUUCACCCAGGCUCAAAUCAAUAAGGGCCAGGUGGUAUUUGCACACGCUGGCUCCUUGAAGCCCCUUUCAUCUCAUGAUCUGAAGGCUGUGACUAAUGAUGUGUACAACGCAGGAAACAGAACUAUAACUUUUAUAGUUCUAAGUUCCCCUAGACUUGGAAGGUUGCUGAGAAUGAACUCUGACAACAGCACAGAGGAUGUUUCCAUUUUUACCCAAUAUCUGGUCAGUGAAGGCUUGAUACUAUACCAGCAUAUAGAUCACGAGAACACCAGCUGGACUGUGGAGGACUCUUUUACAUUCAUGGCAUCCUCUCCACCUGCAGCAGUUCUAGGCCCUGUGGAGUUCUCUAUUACCAUUUCAUAUGAAAUUAAUGAGCCUGGUAGGCACAGCCUUCUGCUUGCAAAUACAGGAGCUACUGUCAAGGAGGGAGACAAAGUUCUAAUCGACCAAUCUAAGUUAGAUGCUUCCAAUCUCUUAUUUAAAUUAUCCAAAUAUCAGCGCUCUUCCUAUGAAGUUUGGUUCCAAGUUACAUCUCUUCCUCACUAUGGAACCAUCAUGGUUGGAGAAAGAAAUAUUACCAAAGAAAAACCCAAUUUCUCCCAGUACAUCAUCAAUAAAUUUGGAAUGACAUACCUUCAUGAUGACUCUGAGUCACUGACUGAUAGUUUUAGCUUUGCUGUUUGGCCAAAUGAAAAGAGCAAGUCUGCCACCAAACCAGAGGCUGGCUUUCUUGAAGAGUUGUUUAACAUCACCAUCACUCCUGUGAAUGACCAGGCACCAGAAUUAAAGACAAAAGGACUUCGGUUGCAAGUGCUACAGGGUAGUAGGUUGGUUGUGGGACCUGAAAUCCUGAAAGUGGAGGAUCCAGACAGUCCUCCAAAUGAGAUCAGAUAUAUGAUCAUUCAUAACCCCAAUAAUGGAUUUUUGGCAAUGGUUAACCAUUCGGAUGUACCUUGUCACCAAUUUACACAAGCUGACAUUGAUAGCUGUCAGGUGUGGUUCAUACAAGAUGGAAGCCCGUCUUCUGGAGUGUUUUACUUUCGUGUGACUGAUGGCAAACACCGUCCUCUCUACAAGCUUUUCCACCUGGAUGUCAUCCCCAUCUCCAUCACCCUUGUGAACCUCACUGAGCUGCUUCUCCCACAAGGCCAGACAAUUGUCCCCGUCACCAAUGCUCACCUGUCAGCAGUUACCAAUGGAAGGAGCUCCCAGAUCAUUUACAGAAUAGCAAGCCCCCUCCAACAUGGCCACUUGCUGAUUGAAAACCAGGUGGUCACUAGCUUUGCCCAGGAGGAUUUGGACUCAGGAAAACUGUCCUACCAUAUGAUAAAUCUCACAGCCUCGGAGGACCAGCUACAGUUCUCAAUGUUCACAUCAGAAAGCAACCUGACAGGGCAAACACUGGGCAUCAAGGUACAGCCUCUGUUGCGGGUUAUGUCAAAUCUGAAAGUUGCUAACAGAGUGGCUCAUCAGCUGAGAAGAAAGGACCUUGAUGCAAGUGAACUUGCUAAUAUGACCGACAGUGAUCCCGAAUAUGAAGUGACAGAACCCCCUGUCCAUGGAAGACUUGUACGGAGAGUGGUUCACAGCACCGUGAUGGAAGAUGCCACAGUGUUCAUGCAGAAGGAUGUUGACCAAGGACUGUUGGUGCUUGAUGCACAUGCUAACCUAACAGGCACUGAUGUGCUGAAUGACUCCUUCACGUUCCUGCUCAGGACAGACCAUGUACAGCCAGCAAUAGGUUAUCUCCUCUUCACCAUAGUGCCUCCUGACCUCUUACUUUUGCAAACUUUCACAUCAGAUGUUCCUUUAGUCACUGGAGAGGACCUUGGGACCUCAGUUUUCUCGCAGAAAAAGCCUGUGGUUUCUUCAGGGUUCACAAUGCAAAUGGAAACUCGAGGGAAGCUGACCCAGACCAGAUGGCAGGCAGCGGAUCCCUGGGGACAACGCAGUGGUGCAGAGCCACAUGUGGAUGGCACGAGCUCUCCCAUGGGGGUCAUUUGGCCACCAGCUGCCACCAAAGUCAGCCCUGGGGCAUCCACUCAGCCCAGAGACAGCAGUUACCCUCUGAUGGUCAUUAUACCCUUGGCUGCAGUGUUCCUCUUGCUGAUAGUUAUUUCAGUGACCUUGUGUAUCUGGCUGCUGGGCCAGAAAGCAGAAAAGGCAAAGCCACGUAUUAAUCCCCGGACCAACCUAGAACCCACAACUCCAAGUUGUAAGCCAGAAAGAAGCAUAACUGUUCCAUCUGUCACAGUGAUGCCCCUCAUCAAAAGCUCCAGGAACCCCCCAGCUGGUCUUUUCAGGGCCCUACAGUAUGAACAAAUGGACCCCACAAUGGUUAAACAAAUCGUAAAAUGUGCUCCUUGGGAGACCUAGGUGAACCUUGAUCCCGACAUGGUCAAACUUUGCCAACAAACCAACCCCACGCUGAAACACAACCAGUACUGGGUGUAGAUGGAGGACUGGUGUUUCUAUUGACUGCCUGUUUUGUAUGAAUACUAGAAUAAGCACUGUGACAUAACAAAAAAAAUUGCUGGUUGAAUUAAAAAAAGAAGCCAGGCCAUGCUUGCCACUCAGUGCUCAGUCAUAGCCCCAGGUUAGAUGUUGGUGGUUGUUUAUUGUAGCUCUCGUGAACUUUUCAUAGUAGGCGUUCUUCCAUAAAUGCCUUCUUCUGGACUUCACUUUUGCAGUAUAUGUAUAAAUUUCAUUGAUAUGUAAACCCCUGUCCAAGGUGAUGCUGACCGUGUUGGCCCCACAGUAAAUAGCAGUAUUUAUGUGGGAAGUAGGGUUAAGGAAGGGUGUAAAUAUAUUUCGUUGAGAAUUGACUUCUGAGUGAGUCAGCAGGAAGAGUAAGAACUAUCUCAGCAAUAGGAGAGGGAAUUUAUCAUGUCACUGUGUUUGUUUAUGCAAUAUCUUUUCUCCCUUAGAGUUCCAAGGUUUAGUUUCCCAACACAGGAAAUGCCUUGAUGCUCCAGAUAGCAGGACAGUCAGAUCUUCUUGGAAGAUAUUCACUGAACAAAUAGUAAUUCCUUAGUUCAUGAAGGCUUCUGUUUGUAAGCAGUUUCAUUCACAAACAAAAAUGUCUGGCAAAAUUUGGCUUCCCUUUGCAAACUCUACAUUGGGUGACAGACAUCUUCCCCACAUAAACACAAACACAGCCAUCUUCCCCUGAAAUGUAAAGCAAAUUAAUUUCACAAAGUGAAAUACCACUGCAUUGCAUUUCAUCAAGAAGCAUUAUCUAUUCUGAUCUGUAAAAUCUAGCUUAGUAUACCAAAAAUAUUUAAAUUGCUAAAGGAUAGAACUUUUGUUAAAUGCUUUUGUGAUGUCUCAGUUUGGCUUUACAACAAAUUGAAAUAAAGCCCAAUUUGUAAUUGAAUUGUCUCAUUUCAUCCACCAUUACCCAAC